AAUAUGAGAGGGAAAAUGUAUGAAUGUGUGAGGGAAAAUGUAUGAAUAUGAGAGGGAAAAUGUAUGAAUAUGAGAGUGAAAAUGUAUCAUUAUGACAGUGAAAAUGUAUGAAUGUGUGAAGAAAAUAUAUGUAUGUGAAAGGAGAAUGUAUGUAGAUAAAAGGAGAAUAUAUGUAUGUGAGAGUGAAACUGUAUGAAUUUGUGAAUGAAAAUAUAUUUAUGUGAAAGGAGAAUUAAGUUAUUUGAGAGGUCCAGAAUAGAUUAUGGCUUGUAUGGCCCCUCAUACAAUUGUAUAGCACCCAUGGAGCGGUUAGGGAUCCAUGGCCUUGCUAAUGCUGCCUUAAAAUAGAAACGCGCCCAACGUGGGGCUCGAACCCACGACCCUGAGAUUAAGAGUCUCAUGCUCUACCGACUGAGCUAGCCGGGCGACAGAAAUGGGCUUUUUUGUACUUGAGUAGUGUAUAGUUUUCACCAGACUGCCGCUGAGUAGGUUGUCAUGGUUGACACGUGGCUACUUGAUGCGAUGAAGUCAUUUGAAACAGGAAUACAGGCGGUCCGUGAACGCAGCGACCCGAUGAGCUCUGUCACCGGCAGGUUGUGCUCCUGACCCCCGACCACAGACACGCCCAGAUGUGAUUCAGAAACAAGUUUACAGUGAAUGACGAGCUACUUUGUUUUCGUGACAUGAAGCCUGGCGCCACACACCACUACCUCGUUGUCACCAGGACGCACAUCGACAACUGCAAACGUCUCCAGGAGGACGACCUACCUCUAGUGGAGCGGAUGGUGGAUAUGGGAAUGAGGAUACUGGAGAAGAAUAAAGUCAGUGACCUAGAUGACGUCAGGAUGGGGUUUCACCUGCCUCCAUUCUCAUCUGUCCCCCACCUCCACCUCCACGCUCUGGCUCCAGCCAGUAAGAUGAACUUCAGGUCGCUGCUUCACUACGGGCCGCAGUCUCACUGGUUCAUCACAGUGAGUGAUGUCUUGGAUGUGUCACGGGUUGUGGUGGUGAGGCAGAGCAGGUUGGAGGACCCAAAUGCAGGACACGUAGACUGGAAGUUACAGUUCAGUGAUAAUUUAAUAUAAACACAAGGCGAGCACACUUACAAGAACUGCUGAGUUCAGGUGAUCCAACAUAACACAGUCCAAUACACAAAGCUAAACAGAGAACACAAGACCAGGAGUAAACACUAAAGACAUGAACUAAAGUACUGGACUAAGAACAAAGACAUGGAACCAAAAUCAAAACACCGAGAAGGCAUGGCCAAAAUAAUAAAACACAGACAAGCUCAGGACAGGAUUGUGACAGGAUGGCUAUGUAUGGAGACUGCAGUGUGCCAAAUCAUUUUUUAGACGUUUUUUUAGCUGCAUAACAUUAUUGAUUAAUUAUUUAUUAGUCAUUAAAAGAAAACAUAUUAAUUAAAUAAACAAUAUAAGUAUUUUGGUACAUUUUGCAAUUGCAUAACGCUUCAGUAAAAAUAUGAAAAUGUCUGUGUGUUCUUUAAUUAAGAUUAUUUUAAAUUAAAUGUUUAAAUGGACAUGUCAAAUGAUGUUUGUAAUGUUCAUUACUGUCCAAAUGAAUUUAAAGAGGCGUCUUUUGUUUAAUUUUCUCAGUCAAUUAAUUAAUCCAAGUUAUUAUCCAUUAAUUAAGUGAUUAUAAAUGGAGUUAUAUUAUUAUAUGUAUAUAUGUUAUAUUUACUCCUGCCUCUCUAUAGCAAAGCCUUAAAUCUUUCAAAAUCAGAAAUGAGCCACUUUUCUUCUUGCUGUAUGUCUGUUGGGCACACUGUACAAAUGUUUUUUUUUAUAUAUUUAUAAAUGUAACUUGUAAGCAUUUUGAAUCACUAUGAAACUGAACUAAAAUACUGUGAAUACUCUAUAAGUUCCUUGUUGUGCUCU